AUGUCGGAAGAAAUAAGCACUACUGACACUGUGGUCUCUGAUUUUCAGGUCGCGGAUAAUGAGAUGCUCGUUGACGAAUAUGAGCAGUACCACAAUGACAGGACCGAUGAUGUUGUCGUCUCUCGCUCCGGGUCGGAGGAACAGGAGCCAGAACCUCGCGCAGAUGAUUAUGCGGCGAUGAUGGCACGAGUUCUCCCUAAAGACCCCGACUUAGAGACCGAAGACGAGGCGUAUCAUACGUGGCACAUUCAAGAUUGGCGGAAAUUGAAGAAGAAGGAGCAUGGCCCGAUAUUUCAAUGUGGAGGGUUCCCCUGGCGCAUUCUUUUCUUCCCGUACGGAAACCAUGUUGAACAUGCGUCGUUUUACUUGGAGCAUGCCUGGGAGAAGGAUCCGCCUGAGAACUGGUAUGCUUGCGUUCAGUUUGCCUUGGUUUUGUGGAAUGUCAAUGAUCCUUCUAUCAAAGUUUCUCACUUUGCCACUCAUCGGUUCAAUGCAGACGAGGGCGAUUGGGGAUUCACCAGGUUUUGUGAACUGCGGAGACUCUUCAGCACCCCGUGGGAAGGCAGCGGGGAUCCGUUAGUACAGAACGAAGAGGCAAACGUAACUGCAUAUGUCCGUGUUGUCAAGGACCCUACGGGCGUAUUGUGGCACAGCUUCCAGAACUACGAUUCGAAAAAGGAGACUGGAAUGGUUGGGCUGAAGAACCAGGGGGCCACUUGCUACCUUAACUCUCUUCUUCAGUCACUAUACUUUACCAACUCUUUCCGCAAGGCGGUUUAUCAAAUUCCGACGGAGACGGAAGCCUCGAGAGAUAACAGUGCAUGGACGCUCCAGCGGCUUUUCUACAACCUUCAAACAAGUGAAUACUCCGUUUCAACCACAGAACUUACCGCAUCCUUUGGUUGGGAGUCAAGGCAAAUCUUUGAGCAGCAAGAUGUCCAGGAGCUUUCCCGAAAGCUAAUGGAAAGGCUGGAAGAGAGAAUGAAAGGCACGCCAGCAGAGAAUGCACUCCCCGAACUGUUUGUUGGAAAAACAAAAACUUACAUCUCCUGCAUAAACGUUGACUAUGAGUCAUCUCGAGUGGAAGAUUUUUGGGACAUCCAGCUGAAUGUGAGAGGCAACAAGACCCUUGAUGAUAGCUUCAAAGACUACAUCCAAGUGGAAACUCUGGAAGGCGAGAACAAGUAUGAUGCCGGUCAGCCGUAUGGGCUACAAGAUGCCAAGAAGGGCGUAAUUUUUGAGAGCUUUCCUCCCGUUUUACAUCUUCACCUAAAGCGAUUUGAGUACGACAUCAACCGCGAUGCGAUGAUGAAAAUUAAUGAUCGCCAUGCCUUCCCGAUGGAAUUCGACGCUGCUCCUUACCUUUCCAAAGAUGCCAACAAAUCGGAAUCUUGGACCUACCAGUUGCAUGGCGUCCUGGUGCACAGCGGCGAUUUGAAUGCUGGACACUACUAUGCCUUCUUGAAACCCACCAAGGAUGGAUUCUGGUACCGCUUUGAUGACGAUAGAGUUACCCGAGCUACAGACAAGGAAGUGCUCGAGGAGAACUACGGUGGUGAAUACGAGUUAAAUGGUGCCCCUGGCGUUCGACAGCCUUAUACCCGUGGCUUAUCGACCAAGCGCUCGAUGAAUGCUUACAUGUUGGUGUACAUCCGGAAGGCAAAAUUAGAUGAUGUACUGUUCCCCAUAAUGAAGGAAGAUAUUCCUUCUCACAUAGAAACGCGAUUGAUUGAGGAGCGGGCCGACCUGGCACGUCGAAGGAAAGAAAAAGAAGAAGCCCAUUUAUAUAUCAACGUCGGAGUCUUGACUGAGGAGACUUUCCGGUCUCACCACGGAUUUGACCUGACAAGCGGCGAUCUACCCAGCGAUGACCCAGCACUGCCGGAACAGCACCGGAUCCUCCGGGCCCAGAAGGUUGGUGAGUUUGCCGAGCAGCUUGCAACUGAGAAAGGCCUUGAUGCCAGCCGAAUUCGGUUCUGGGUAAUGGUAAACCGCCAAAACAAGACGACUCGUCCGGAUCAGGUAAUCAAGGACCCGGAAAUGACGGUCGAGGAAGCCUAUAGCAGAUUCGGCACCAAAGGAAACCCGUUCAAAGUUUGGAUGGAAGUAGGUCAACCUGGUCCCGAUGGCGUGAUCUCUUGGCCGGAUAGCAGCAACUCCGUGCUUGUAUUUCUGAAGUGUUUUGAUGCUGCGUCGCAAGUGUUGACCGGUGUCGGUGCGGCUUACGUGCGCAAGUCGCAGAAAGUGGCCGAGCUGGCGCCUAUCAUCCUAGAAAAGAUGGAUUGGCCUGUGGGCACCGAAUUUCUGCUGUUCGAGGAAAUCAAGCAUAAUAUGAUCGAUGCUAUGAAACCCAAGCAGACUUUCCAGCAAUCUGAAAUUCAAGAUGGUGAUAUCAUCACCUUCCAGAGGUCAAUUAAGGAGUCGGAGUUGCCUCCGUCUGCGCUAUACCAGGAUGCACGACAGUAUUAUGAUUACCUGCUGAACCGGAUCAAUAUUAGUUUUGCACCGGUAAAGGCUGUUGACGGUGGUGAGGAAUUUGUGUUGACCCUAAGCCGCAAGAUGACAUAUGACCAGUUCUCAAAGAAGGUUGGCGAGCAUUUGGGCGUGGAAUCCACGCACUUGCGCUUUGCUCCAGUCCUGGCCAGUACCGGCAAGCCCAAACAAUUUAUCAAACGGAAUACUAACCAAGCCAAUCAAACCUUGUACCAAAUCCUCAGUGGGCAAAUCACUGGCUAUGGAUACAACGUGCAUCGCCAAGAUGCAUUGUAUUAUGAGGUACUGGAGACUAGCCUGAGCGACUAUGAGUCCAAGACAUGCCUGAAAGUAACAUGGCUUUCGGAGGGAAUUACAAAAGAGCAAGUUGUUGAGGUUUUAGUGCCUCGUGACGGCACCAUCGCCGAUAUCCUGGCUGGGUUGCAGAAAAAGGCAGGUCUUGACGAGGAAACUAUUCGCGAAGCGCGCAUUUAUGAGACACAUGGCGGCAAGAUCUACAGAGAAUUCCAAGGCGAGUCAAAAAUAGCCGGUAUCAAUGAAUUUGUUUCUCUCUACGCUGAACGCACACCGGAAGAUGAGCUCAGUAUGGGAGAGGGCGAGCGGACGAUUAACGCAUACAAUUUUGACCGCGAGCCCAACAGGCCACACGGUGUACCUUUCAAGUUUGUGGUGAGGCCAGGCGAGGUUUUCAAGGAAACGAAAGAACGGCUUUCUAAGCGGACCGGUAUCAAGGGCAAACAAUUCGAGAAGAUUAAGUUUGCCGUCGUUCCCCGUUCAUUGUACUCCAACCUACGAUACCUUGAAGAUGAUGAUAUCCUUUCCGAUAUUAUCGGUGAUUCUGAUGAUCUUCUUGGUCUCGACCAUGUAAAUAAGAAUCGGAGCUUUUGGAACCGCAGCGAGUCGUUUUUCAUCCGAUAG